AUGGCUCGUAAUAGCGAGAUAAUUGUACCUUUAAAACGUGUUUUAUCUUCAGCAACUGGUUGCAGAAACGGAUGGGUACGAUUUGAAAAUUCUUGCUACUUUUUCUCGAAGGACGCAGAAACUUGGGCUGAAGCAUCGAUUAUGUGUACGGAUCUGCACAGCCAUCUUGCCAUUCUUGAGUCCACUGCUGAGAAUACCUUCUUGAAGGCGGAGGCACAUCGUUUUAAUGCAGUGGGGUAUUGGAUAGAUGGAACCGAUUUAGAGGUAGAGAAUGUAUGGCGUUGGACUUCAAAUGGGGACAAGCUUGCCUUUACUGACUGGGGAGGUAAUGACCCCAAUGCAGGAACAUCGGCGAACUGCCUAGUGCUUUGGAGAGACUUCUCGUAUCAAUGGGCUGAUGAAGGUUGUAGACGUAUAUAUAAUUUCCUUUGCGAAAUGAGCUUACGUCAAUGGCGAGGGCGACCAAGUGAUCGGAUGAUGGAAAAUUCGUUCGUGACAAAGCGAUCAGGAAAUGAAUCUUGA